UGUUUUUUUAAAAUGACAUUAAAAAAAAACCUCUCGUGCGCAACGCCAUUUACGUCACAUGGAAAGACGUAUUUGCCCUUGAACGAGGACAAUAAUCAGCUGAAGGAAGCUGUGGACAUUAACACAGAACAUGUCAGCCAAUUGUCCAUUCAAAAUGAUGAACAAACUAUAGACAAUUCUGGUUGUGAGGUAACGGUGGACAAAAUGAAUACAUCUGUUCCAGAAAAGUCCACUGAACCUGAUGAAGGUGUGGAUGUCAAUAAUUCAACUUGCGAUAAAGGAAAAGAAGAAGCUGCAACUGAGGAAGAGAAGGACGCUAUGGACAUCAACGCAGAACAUAUCAGCCAAUUGUCCAUCCAAAAUGAUGAACAAACUGUAGACAAUUCUGGUUGUGAGGUAACGGUGGACAAAAUGAAUACAUUUGUCCAAGAAAAGUCCACCGAACCUGAUGAAGGUGUGGAUGUCAAUAAUUUCAUGCCAAUGUCCAUGGGGGCAAAGACGUCUUUACCAUAUGCCAUAGAACCUGAAUAUGACCUCUUUCGGAAACGACUUUUCUAAAAUGGCAUUACGUAAAAUCAAAACA